AUGGGGGCGGUGACGUCUUCCAUGGCGGCGAAGUUCGCGUUCUUCCCGCCGAGCCCGCCGUCGUAUGGGGUGGAGGAGGAGGAGGGGGAUGGUGGGAAGCUGAUAAUGACGGGGGUGGAAACUAGGGAAAACGUUGACGUUUUGAGGUUGAGAACCAAGAGGGGGAGCGACGUCGUGGCGGUGUACAUUAGCAACCCCUUGGCGUCUCUGACGAUGCUGUACUCGCACGGCAACGCAGCCGAUCUGGGUCAGAUGUACGGGUUGUUCUAUGAACUCAGUCUCCACCUCCGAGUCAACUUUAUGGGGUAUGAUUACUCGGGGUACGGGCAGUCUACUGGGAAGCCGAGUGAGCAUAACACUUAUGCAGACAUAGAAGCCGCAUACAGAUGCCUUGUAGAGAAGUAUGGCACGAAAGAGGAAGAUAUUAUCUUGUAUGGGCAAUCGGUUGGUAGCGGACCCACAUUAGAUUUGGCUACCCGGUUACCGUAUUUGAGGGCUGUAAUUCUCCACAGUCCAAUCUUGUCUGGCCUCCGGGUCAUGUAUCCGGUGAAGAAAACAUACUGGUUCGACAUUUAUAAGAAUAUUGAUAAAAUACCGUUUGUCAAUUGUCCAGUUCUGGUAAUUCAUGGAACCGUUGAUGAUGUUGUUGGUUGGUCCCAUGGUAAGCAACUUUGGGAGCAAUGUAAAGAGAAGUAUGAACCGUUAUGGAUUAAAGACGGGAAUCAUUGUAACUUGGAGCUUUUCCCACAAUACAUUAAGCAUCUCAAGAAAUUCAUAUCAGCCAUUGAGAAAUCACCACAUAGGAGAAAUGGAUUUGUGCCAAUUACAGAUCAACAAGAAAAUCCCAGGAACAGCACAGAUUGUAGAGAGAAAUCCAGACCCAGCACAGAUCAGAGAGAAAAGUCUCGACCAAGUACUGAUCAGAGAGAAAAGCCAAGGCUAAGCACAGACCGAAAAGAGAAGUUGAGAGCCAGUACUGAUAAGAGAGAGAAAUCAAGAAAGAGUAUCGAUCGGCCUGAGAAAGCAAGUAAUGUCACAGACCAGCCAGAGAAAGUGAGAAACGUCACAGACCAGCCAGAGAAAGCGAGAAACAGCAUUGACCGUUUUGGGGAGAUGGUGAGAUCAGUCAGAUUAUGCAAUAUUGAUUGUUUCAAACCCAUAGCUACAAGUGUUUGA